UUUCCAGCACCUUCGAUAAUCCGUCACAGUAUUAAUAACAACCAUACGAUGAACAAGCUUCUUCUGACUGGUGCUUCAAUAAUUUGCUUCGUAUUUAGUCAUGGAGAUGAGAUAAACGACUUAGACCUAUGCGUGGGGAACCUAACCAGCAUCGAUGGAAAUUCAGAAGUAUUCAAAAAUGCACCAUCGGGCAUAAUGUAUAUUUCUCUUUGCAAAAACGAUCUGAUGACCAUCGAUAAAAUCACGUUCCUGCGAUUCAACCAUCUAGAAAGCUUAAUUCUGGAUAAAAACAGACGCUUACGUUUUCCUGGCGAUGGAUCUCAUUUUCUUGAGCUGAAAAGUUUGAUAGAUUUGCAGUGUUUUCAAUGUGGCGUUGAUAGAAUUUACAACCACUCACUGCAGGGAAUGCCUCGAUUGGACCAGAUCAACUUGUCCGAUAAUGUUAUAGAAAAGAUUGAAGUUGGAGCAUUUUAUGGCAACAUGCAGCUGGAGCAGAUUGACUUGCGUUCGAAUCAACUGAGACGAGUGCCCAGUGAAAUGUUGACACCACUUGUCAGUAUCCGAAGGAUUGAUUUGAGUUUAAAUGUGGAACUUGCUCCGGGAGACAGUGAACCUUUUCUAAUAAGCACAGCGUUGGAAAAUUUGAGGUGUGACGAAUGUGGGUUUGUGACAGUUCAGAAAUAUACAUUUGCCAUGCUUCCAAAUUUGAAGAAACUGUAUCUUCGGAGAAACAAAAUUUCUCAAAUACAUGGGCUGGCAUUCCCUCAACUGGAUUUAACGAUACUGAUGCUAGAAAGUAAUGCACUCAAGAGCAUCGAUCCUUGUAUAUUAAAAGUGAUGAAAUUGAAAAUGUGCUUGGAUGACAAUACCAAUGAACUGCUGUGCUACCUCAAAGAUUUAUCCGAUCAAGAAAGAUUUAUCUGUUCCAAUACUUCGAGAGAGAAUACUGGAUGUAUGGUACCAAGCACAACUACAUUUGAAGUCACUAAUGGUAGCACUGAUCCUGGGCUGUCCACCAUUCCUUCGGAAACCAUCCCAAAUACCGACAACUAUUUAGCUUCAAUUGUCUCCGCACCAACAACGGAGAACAUACACGGAAUUAUAGACACACGGAUGAUUGGUCACCUAAUAUUAAUAUACCUGACCCUGAUUGUCAUCUUCGUUCUGCUGGUAGGUGUUUGGUUCAAAUUGAAAAAGAAAGACACUACUUGGGACAGCGGAAGGUUCACCGAAAGCAUGUCCUCUCGGCUUCCCAGCUACGAGUCGGUAGGUAUGUUGAUUUCCACUGAUCUUUGAUUUUCUGAGUCCUACAGCUCUGAUCUUCGGAGGUGACUUCAGCAUUUCGUGACUCUGAUAACAUAUG